AUGACUUCCAUAUCCCCCGUCAGAGGUUAUAUAUCCUCUUACGCUCCUCGACUCCGACAAUAUAGCAACGCGUUGCUAACACCAAUUAUACCCCCAACACAAGUCGGACCUUCGCGGACUACAAAGCGUGGCACAACAGCUAUUAACUACGCCGAAGAUGGCUUUGAUGAUGAUGACUUUGAAGAAAGCGAUGGACCGCGACGACCUACAGGACUGCGAAGUCUGAGACGAGAAGACUCGAGUUUGGACAGAGUUCCGUUGUCGGAGAAAGUAGGCAAGGAAAUAUUUGCGCCGGUUGAGGUUCAAGGUAUAUUUAGGGAUUGGAUGGUACGGCGACUUUUCCGCGCCGAUAAUGCAGAUCAGUUGCAAGUGCAAUCGCAUUUACCUUUGACACUCGUCCCCAUCCGAAUCGAUCUCGAAGUCCCUGCGCAUCAACCACUUGAACCAUUUCCACUACCUCGAAAUUCAGCAGACCCCGGAUUAAACUCGACCCUUCCGGGUUACCGACGGCCGGAGCCUGUUCCGGCUUAUCGCAUCAAAGACACUUUUCUCUGGAAUCUGCAUGAGGCUUUCGCUACUGCCGACGAGUUUGCGGUCACUUUUGUCCGUGAACUCGAUUUGCCUGAGCCGGCAAGGCUAGCUGAUGCUAUAUCUACGCAAAUUCGAUCGCAACUAGAGGAAUAUGCGGGCGUGGCGUUACAUCCUCUGUUUCAACAAGGUCAUGUUGCGCCGAAUCCGAUGGAUCAACUUAGCGGAAUCUCGAGAGAUGUUUCUAGUACUCCCGCGCCAGUGAAUGCCCUGACACCCAGUAGUCCUGGUCGGAAUACUUUUGUGACUGCUACCAAGGAUCCUCUUGUCAAUGACAGCCUACUCAAUCCGGACGAUGCUUACCGAUGCGUGGUCAACCUGAACAUCAAUUUACAGAACAAGCUUUACACCGAUAAGUUUGAGUGGUCAUUGCUUCACCCACCAGGGAUGGCCGAAGAGUUUGCCAAAAUCACUUGCGCCGACCUAGGUUUGGCAGGUGAAUGGGUGAGUGCAAUAUCGCACGGUAUCUACGAGGCAGUAUUGAAACUCAAGAAAGAAGUUUGUGAAAGUGGUGGUAUGGUUAGUGGCGUCGGGGCUUAUGGAAACGAAAUCGAUAAUCAAGCCGCCAAUGGUGCCGAGGCGGGAUGGCGAUACGAUCCCGAUGGUCUUGGUGAUGAAUGGGAGCCCAAAGUUGAAACGCUCUCCAAAGAAGAAAUCGAGAAGCGUGAAGGAGACCGAGAACGCCAGAUUCGACGUCUACGACGAGAAACUGCCCGAUUCUCAUCCACAGCUGGCAUCACACCAGAGUUAUCUAGAACGAACUACUUUGACGUCGACAGUGAGACACCUCUUGGAAGAGGUGAAAGAAGCAAGCGAAAACGACGAUUCCGCAGUCUCAGUCCAGUGGGCCGCUCUGGGACGCCUGGAGGUCGUGGCACACCUGACACAGGUUCUGGGGCAGGAUAUGGCGGCGGCGGUGGAACGCUGUUGGAUAGUGAACGUGCCCAUUGGCGGUGCUAUAACUGUGGGGUCUUCGGUCAUGCAGUGUGGACUGUACGAGAUGGUCCCGCAGGUCCAAGGACACUUUGCCCUAACUGUGGUCUUCUAUAUGAGCGCGAUAAGGUCCUACCUGAAUGGGCUAGAGGUCUCCACAGGCACGAUGUGCCUUUGAACCGGCAUAUGUAA